AUGGAGGUGACCACUUGGAUCUUAGCCACGGUAGUGAUUCUGGUCAUUUACCUGUGGCUGCAGCGUCCAGAUCCACGACUUCCGCCCAGCCCUGUACGACCUCUACCAUUGGUUGGUCAUCUCUUCUCCAUGGCUCGCGAUACCAGACCACAGUACGCAGAAUGGAGAAAAAGAGUCGGGGAUAUUUACAGCCUGUACAUGGGGAACACCCUACUCGUUGUACUUAACGGAUAUGACGUCAUCAAGGAAGCCCUAGUCAAGAAAGCAGACGUCUUCUCUGACAGACCGCCAUUGUUCGUGGAUGCGGCUACAGGACUCCCCGAGAAAGGAGUUAUCUUCGCCAGUGGGAAACUCUGGAAAGAGCAACGAUCCGUCUGUCUGUCCAUCCUGAGAGCUUUCGGGAUGGGAAAGAAUGUUUUGUCCGAGAGGAUCCAAGAAGAAGUGGACUGUUACUGCGACUUUCUGGCCGGUCUGAAGGGAAAAUCUACAGACAUUGGUGUUUUUACCAACAUUAGCACUUCUAACGUUAUCUGUUCUAUCUUGCUUGGUCGCCGCUUUGACUACGACGAUAAGACAUUUCAGGAUUUGAUACAUAAAAUGACUCAAUUGAUCAGUGAACAAGAAACAGUCAGUAUCAUCAAUUUUAUGCCUUGGCUGAAAAUAUUUCCUGGCGAUAUUUUCAAGGCUAAAACGUUAAGAAUCAGUAACAUGGCAAUAAUUGGGAUGCUCUCGAAAGUUCUUGACGAGAAGAAACGUACUGUAGGUGAAUCCACAGAUGUGUAUAACUUGAUUGAUGCAUAUAUUGUUGAACGAAAUAAGAAAAUUCAAGCUGGCAUAUCUACGACUCUUAAUGACCAGAAUUUACUGAAGAUCAUGAACGAUUUAUUCGGGGCUGGAACCGAGACCACCAGCACUACGAUCCGUUGGUGCAUACUGUAUAUAUUAAAUAAUCCUAGUGUACAAGACAAAGUUUACGAUGAAAUAAAAGAAAACGUUGGAACUGAUCGAACCGUGACCAUACAGGACAAGUCCCACUUGACCUACUUAAACGCGGUCAUCAUGGAAACACAACGCCUGGCCAGUAUUAUCCCAAUGUCUGUGCCCCACAUUGUUUCUGAGAAAGUGACUCUGAGAGGCUACACCCUGCCUAAGGGAACCUGGAUUCUCCCCAACCUAGACUCUGUCCUCCAUGACAAGGCCAUCUGGGGAGAGGACGCCAUGAGUUUCAGACCAGAACGAUUCAUUGACAACGACGGCAAGUUGAAGAACCCUGAACAGUUCAUCCCAUUCAGUAUUGGACGUCGGGUUUGCUUGGGCGAGAGUAUGGCCAAGUCAGAACUGUUCCUGUUUCUCUCCAACAUGUUUCAGAGAUUUCAGUUCCUCCCCUCAAAUCCAAACUGCAUUCCUCCCCCGGCACACAAGAAUGGCAUCGUCAUUACUCCACAGCCGUACGAAGUGAGGAUAAUGGAAAGAAAGUAG